AUGGCCAAUUCUUUAAGAGGUGAAGUGUUGAAUCUAUACAAAAAUCUGCUGUACCUUGGAAGGGAGUAUCCCAAAGGAGCAGACUACUUUAGAAGCCGUUUGAAAGCAGCUUUUCUAAAAAAUAAGGAUGUGAAAGAUCCUGAAAAAAUUAAGCAACUGAUUGCACGAGGAGAAUUUGUUAUAAAAGAGUUGGAGGCUUUGUACUUUCUCAGAAAAUACAGAGCUAUGAAACAGCGCUACUACAGUGACGACAAUCAGUAA